GUUUACGUGCCUUGUAAGUUCUCUAAAAAAAAAGAUAGACAUUUGUACGUGCCUUCGUCCCCGAGUAAAACAUCUCUCGGAUCGAUCGCCAUUUUUAACACAGUAAUAAUGCGGAGCACUCAAUGACAUGGUCUUCGUCGUCAAACCCUGGUAAAUCGAUCUGCUGUUGGCGGCGGUGGUAGAUGGGUCAAGAAUCGUUCAUAUACAGCUUUGUAGCUCGGGGAACUAUGGUCUUGUCGGAGUACACGGAGUUCACCGGCAACUUCCCGGCGAUCGCCGCCCGCUGCCUGCAGAAGCUUCCGUCUUCCAACAAUAAGUUCACUUUCAACUGCGAUCACCACACUUUUAACUUCCUCGUUCAAGAUGGUUACGCUUAUUGUGUUGUGGCCAAAGAAUCUGUUGGCAAACAGAUAUCAAUUGCGUUUUUGGAACGUGUAAAAGCGGAUUUUAAGAAAAGAUAUGGUGGUGGCAAAGCAGAUACUGCCACUGCAAAGAGUUUGAAUAAGGAAUUUGGGUAUGUUCUUUGGACACAAGCAGUCAUUCUUGUCAGCAUACCUUUCUUUAUACUUUCGUUUUCCCCUUCUUUUGCUUGCAUUGGAGUAGUCAAACAUGGAAAAUCAAUAACUUGAAGAAACAUGUCCCAAUCUACAGACCAGUUAUGAAGGAGCACAUGAAAUACAUAAUUGACAAUGCUGAUAAAAUUGAGAAACUACUUAAGGUUAAGGCUCAAGUCUCAGAAGUUAAAAGCAUUAUGCUCGAGAAUAUAGACAAGGUAUGGUGAAGGAACUUCUCCUCGCUUAUGUAACUUAGGUUUCUCGGCUAUAAUCCUCCCUAGUCCCUAGAAAUCAUAUUCUCCAGUUUCAUCUCGUCAUCUCAUGUGUUCGGUACUGCACUGGGCUACCCAUAUCUUUAAUUUAACCUGUAUGGCAAAGUCACAAGGCUGACUUAGUUUUUCUUUUAUCAAUAUGUUGCAUUGUUUGACAAUCAUAAUUCAACUUUGUUACCAGAAGUGGCGCAUUGCGUGCAUUUGAUUUGACAUUCAAUCAAUCUCCCAAAAUUCCAGGGUUCUAAUCAUACAGAUAUUGUAUUUUUGUUUCACAAUAAUUAGAGAUGUAAAUAUGAAUAGCUUUUUUUGCUUUCCGGUCAUUACCAAUGGCUAAAAGAGUCACUAUUGACCACACAUUAGCUUCCAGUAAAUAAUGGACAAUAUG